GGAGGUUUCUCAGCCAUUCCACGGAACACCAGUGCAUGCAGGAAUUCAUGGACAAGAAGCUGCCAGGCAUAAUAGCAAGGAUUGGAGACACAAAAUCAGAAAUUAAGAUUCUAAGUAUAGGCGGAGGUGCAGUUUUUUAGGAAACUACCAAACUGUAUUCCAAAGUGGCUCCAGAUUUACCUUUCCCACCAGCAGCAAAUGAGAGUUCCUGUUACUCCACGUCUUUCCCAGCAUUUGUUGUCAUUAGUGCUCUGGAUUUUGGCCCUUCCAGGUGAAAUUGAUCUUCAAAUUAUCUCCAAAGUUCAGGCUCAAUACCCAGGAGUUUGUAUCAACAAUGAAGUUGUUGAGCCAAGUGCUGAACAAAUUGCCAAAUACAAAGAGCUUGUAGCCAAGACAUCAAACCUUGAGAAUGUAAAGUUUGCUUGGCAUAACGAGACAUCAUCUGAAUAUCAAAGAAGAAUGUUGGAGAAAAAGGAGGUUCAAAAGUGGGACUUUAUUCAUAUGAUUCAGAUGCUGUAUUAUGUGAAAGACAUCCCAGCUACCCUGAAAUUCUUCCAUAGUCUCUUAGGUACCAAUGCUAAGAUUCUCAUUAUUGUUGUGUCAGGAAGCAGUGGCUGGGACAAGCUGUGGAAAAAGUACGGAUCACACUUACCCCAGGAUGACCUCUGCCUGUAUGUCACAUCAGAUGACCUCACUCAGAUGCUGGACAACCUAGGGCUUAAGUAUGAGUGCUAUGACCUUUUGUCCACCUUGGACAUAUCUGAUUGCUUUACUGAUGGUAAUGAAACUGCAGACCUGCUUUGGGAUUUUUUGACUGAAACCUGCAACUUUAAUGCCACAGCACCACCUGAUCUCAAAGCAGAGCUUGUGAAAGAUCUACAAGAGCCUGAAUUCAGUACUAAGAAAGAGGGAAAGGUUCUUUUUAAUAAUAAUCUGAGUUUCAUAGUGAUUGGGGCAUAACUAUCAAUCACAAAAGUAUAUUCAAAAAUUAUAUUUUGAACAACUCUGAUUGCUCAUUGAUUUCCAUAUUAAAAUUACAGACACCUACAUUAAUGUAGAUAAAGCACUGUUUGGGUAUGAGAUGUAGCGAAUUCCAAGACAUUAUUGGACUUCCAUUUGGAAUCAUAUGAGACACUGCUGGUCUUAUCCUGUCCUUCCUCCAGGAAGAGAGACCACAUGCAGGCUCAACAUAACAUAAGCUAGAAAAAUUAGAUGACUGAAUUUCUAUGGCAUAUUGAUAAUAAAAUUCAUUCCAUUUGCUGAUUGUCUGAAAUUUUCUAGAAUAAUAAUAAAAUAUAUACUAUAGAUUCUUUAUUAGUGAAGUAUGCACUUAUCAAUACUUUGAACACAAAGCCUGUGUUACUGAUUUGGCCAUUUUGUGAAGAAAUAUUUCUCUUUGUACAUUCUUCUAUUGUACUUUUUAUCUCAUUUUUAUUAAUUUUUAAGAGUAAGCACCUUUACAAUAUUAAAGAUUAAUUCUUUAUCAUGUGUUGUCAUUUCUUGCCAUUGUGUUUCUCUUGUAAUUUUAUCUGUGAAUUAAUAGCUUUUUGUUUGUAUUUUUGAUAUUAUGAAGUUUUCUAUUAUAUUCAACCAAAUUUUUUAAAGUCUGGGCUUUGACACAUUUUAAAAGACCUUCUAAAACCAAGGUUUUAGAAUACUAACAUUUUAUCAAAAUAAUAUUAUAGUUUUGCUUUUUUUAAAAAAUGAAAUCUUUAAUAUGUUUGAAAUUUAGGUAAGUAUAACAGUGAGAACAAACUGUUUCCCCUCAAAAUAAUAGCCAGAUGUAUAAACAAAAUUUAUUGAAGAACAAAAAAACACAAAACUAAAACCUGUUCUAGCUUAAAAGGCACCUUUUACCAGAUUUCUAGGAAUUGCUUAAAUGCAAGGUUCUAGAAAACCUUCAAUGCAUUUCGAUACUUUAUAGUUUCUUAUGUCACUCUUAAGACCUCCUGUAAGACCAAGAGUCAUUUGGACUGUAGGAUUUCAGGGGGGUUUUGAAAACAUAUUUGAUGUUUCUUAUUUUUAAUAAUAACUCUCUAUCAUUUGUUUACAUAAACAGUACAUAUCUUUAGAUAAGUCAAUAGCUAAUUAAUAAUUAAUAAAUAUUUUAAGCAUGCAAAUAAUUAGUACUCCCUGUCAGAAACAAAACAAAAGUAAGGUUUUACUAAACAGCUCAUGAGCCCUCAUUCUGCCAAUGAGGAAGCCUUCAACCCGGUGUGAUACUCACUCUUUCAUGUAAUAGGGCUUCCAUGUAAUGCUGAUGUAUAAUCACUCUAAAAACUUAAACGACCCCUCUCAAUCACCUAGUUUAUCCCCAGGAAAUAUACUGGCAUAGAGAGCCUAUUUACACUGAUAAGCUACCAAGCUUUGUUGUUCAUAGUAAGUAAGAUGGACUUGCAUUGCUCUCUCUUUUUUUUGGACAACUUCAUCAAUGCUUUUUGAAUUAUAUGUUCCAACAAAUGAAAUGACAGUUCUCCAAUGAGAUUCCUGAGUAUGAACACUGAAUCGUUAAUCAUACUGAUAUGUACUACUGACAAAGGAAAUCUGUGAGGCACAUAUGAUUGAUGGGUAUGGGGCCAUGAAGACCUGGAAGAGCUUCACCAGAAAUAUGGAAAUCAAGACUUUACAGAGUCUUUUGUAUAAAGCACACAUGCAAAAACAAACAAAAAUAGAACUAACAAUCCUAUUGAAAGAUGCAAAGCAAUUGCAGUCCAUAGAUUGGUGUUUGUAAAUAUGGCCUUUUUCUUAUCCUUGUUAAGCCUUUAGUAUACAAGGAUAAAUAAAUUCUCACCUGCUUAAUUUUAAUGCAAUUGAAACACACAGCCUUUUUAAAGAGAGAAAUUCCCGUGAAAACCUACUAGCUAGCCAUGGGAAGCUAUAUAAGUUCAAGGGAUAAACCUAUCCCUGAUUUCUUCUUGCACUGUAUGAUAUUACCAAAAUUUGGGGCAGUCACAUGCUGGCUUUUCAGGUUUGUUCUUGUGUUUCAGAAAAAAAGUGCUCAGGGUGAAUUUGGAAUGUUGUUUUAUGUAUUGUGGAUCUCUCAGUGUUUAACAUGGUGCCUUGCAUAUGGUAAAUGCUAAGCAAAGGGGCAUCAAUGAAUUCUUUCCUUCUCAAACAUUUAUUUUGUACCUUGUGUGUUCAUAUUAUUGCUGUAAACAGAGCUCAAGAAAGCCAACAAAGUUAUGUGUUGCCAUUAGUAUGAGUGUAAACCUUAACUUAUUUAGGACUCUUUCAGACACAUUUUUGCACAUAUUGUUAGGGCAUAUUGCCAAAACCCAAAGAGAAAGCAUGAUAUGGAGUACAGCAUUUUAGGGCUUGAUAUUUGCUUAUUGUAAAAAUUGGUUACUUUCUUAAUUAAAAACCCUGCCAUUCUGGGCCAUAAAAACUAAGUAAUUUCUAAUGCACAUCCAUAAAAAGAGAUGCAAAGGCCAUAGAGAAUACUAGAUCUUAAGUCUGUGGACCUGCACAGACCCAAAUGUGUAUUUAAUGUAUUUUAAAUGUUUGUUUAAUGAGAAUAGCUUGCACAUAAUACUUCAUUAUUGAAAUCAUAUUUGUAUGUGUCACCUCAUCAGAAUGUUACUUCUAAGAAAAUGUGAACUUCUUGCGAAGUCCCACAGUGGAGUGAGUGGAUUAAAAUAACCUUGUUAAAUAAAGCUGAAAAGCCGGACUUAA